AUCGCAUAAUGUGCGGGGGCGGAGGAAAUGUGGGGAGGCGGGGGAAGAAUCUUGCUAAACAAAAACAAUUGGGGGCAAGUGGUUUUUUUUUUCGCGCUUAUCAAGAGCCAGCCCCUCUGCGCAGAUACCGCUCUCUUCGCUCUCAAAGCCCCACCGAUAUUUGCCGGCGUUUCGGGCGGUGCGCUCUCAUUCCUAUAAACACUCUGGUCGGGAAAGCAUCGCUCCCAGAAACACAAACAAAACACAAAUUCACGUAGAACCUAAACGCAUUUUCUAAGGCAACCGGUCAAAAAUCGUAGCAACCCCAAACAAAACAAACAACAAAUUAAACCCACAAAAGUGAUACAAAAAUUGUUAUUGGUGAAUUAAAGUGCCGAGAAGAGACCCCAAGAGAUCUCUCCGUGAGUGAAGUGUCCCUCUGAAAGCGCUAUGUCCGCAUCCGCGACUGGUCCGCGUAAUAAACACUCAAAGUUCCGUGACGAUGAGCAGCUCGACAUAACCAAGGACGAGUUCAACCGGUUCCGGGAGGCCCUCAGCCAGGAGGAGUUCCGCAAACUGUUCUUCGAGUACGUCGAGGAGAUCCAGGACCCCGAAAACCGCAAGAUCUACGAAGAGGAGAUUAUCCAGUUGGAAAAGGAGCGCGGCGUGGAGGUGAGGUUCGUCCACCCGAAGCCGGGCUUCGUGAUCAAGACGGCACUGGAUGGCGAGCUCAAGUGCUUCAUCAACAUCGCCAGCUCAACGGAGGUCGAGAGGCCCAAGAAUGAGUUGGCCACGGAUCCAUCGAACGGCAGUCGUGGCCUGAGCUGGUCCAUUCCCAUGGCCCAGACUACGGCGCGGGAUGACUGCGAUGCCAGAAACAACCACUGCAAGGUGUUCGACGUGGUCUUCCAUCCGGACGCCCUGCACCUGGCCAAGCGGAACAAGCAGUUCCGGAAGUGCCUUAUCGACACGGCACUGGACGCAGUCGAGCGCGAGUUCGAGGUGGCUCUGGAUCGCGCCAAUCUAAAAUUCCCCAAGCUGGACUACAAGGGCAUCGCCCGUCCCACUGUGAUACGAAAGCUGGCCGCAAAUCCCACUGGCGAGGAGCAGGAGCCGCAUCCCCUGGCGCACAUGUUCCCCACAAAGCUACCCUCCUCCGAAAAGGUGGAGCCCCGCGUCCUGCCCAUGAAGACGAAGCCCGCUCCGGUGCCGGAGUUCUCGGUGCCCAAGUAUUCGAUCAAGCACAGCCACGAUGUGGACUUGUCGGAAUACACGGACGAGCUGGACGCCAAGCUGCAUGUGACGGUGCCACGCUCCCUUGUCGUCGAGAUCGAGCUGCCGCUGCUGCGCUCCACGGCCGAGUGCCAACUGGAUGUCACCUCGAAGUCCGUAUAUCUGUUCAGCGAGCGGCAGGGCGCCAAAUACCGCCUGAAGCUGGAUCUGCCCUUCGCCGUAAACGACAAGGCUGGCAGUGCGCGCUUCGACACGGAUCUGCGUCGUUUGACCAUCACCUUGCCCGUGGUCCGGAAGGGCGGACGGGAGCAGGCCCAGAUGCACGAAACCUUGCGCCACUUCAGCCGCGAGGACAGCGGCGUGGAGCUGCAUUCCAACAGCGAGUCGCCGGUGGAGGAGGACCCCGAUGGCGAACUCAGCGAUUCCAAGGCGGAUACUUCCGAGACUGCCACGCCCACUGCCACGCCCGUGCGCAACGCCAACAGCCCGUUCCUUAAGAGCUCCGUGCUCUAUCAGCUGCCCAGCAAGUUCGACUGCAACGUGCUGGACAAUGUGAUGGCCUUUGUGCUCCACGUGCCCAACGUUCAGCCGGACUCCAUUGAGCAGUUGAGAGAGCAGCGGAGCCUGCAUCUCCAGUUUGCCACCAUCGGCAGCGGCUACUAUCCCACCCACUAUGCUUUUUACGUAGAGCUGCCGACGGAGGACGAAGACUCCGCCAUUGAGAGCGUGGAGGCGGAGGCCUGGGACAACAAUGUGGUGCUCAAACUGUGCCUGAGCCCGCAGAGCGAGGCUCCGGCUAGCUAUCUGGCCGGAUUAGAUGCCAAGGAUCUCAAGGAGUACCCAGUUCAUGGUCAGUACAAUGUGAAGAGCAAAAGGAGAGUUAAUACAAAGAAAGAGAAUGCUUCGCUGGAUAUCAAGUUCGAGCACAACCAGGAGGGUCAAGCCCUGAAGGUGACCAUUCGACCGGUGCCGGACACCAAGGAGGAGGAGCAAGGCGUGGAGCAGGCAGAUCAGGAGCACGAAAACGAGCAGCAGGACCAUCAGCAGACGCAGAACAAGAAGCCCGGAAAGAAGCAACGCAAGCGUAACAAGAAGGAGCGUUCAUUUUCUGAGUCUGCUUGCGAGGACAUUCUCGUCCAGGAGCCACAGGAUGGAAAUCCUGAUCCCCAGGCGAAGGCCAUGUCUAAGCCAAUGCCGCAGCGCAAGCAGCGAAGCUACUCGGAGUGCAACGAUAGCAGCGGUGGCUCCCAUCGCGGCAUCCUCAAGCGAUUCAGCCGUUAUGGACCGCGACCCUCCAUGUCGGACAGCUGCUCCUCCAUCGACGACUGCUCCUCGUAUUCGUGCUCAGUGGACGCCUCCGGCACCUCGCUGUUCUCGCACUCGUUCGGCGGGAUUCCCGAGGAGGAUCGUUCCGAUGCCGGGCUCUCGGAGAGCUGCAAGAAGACUGUUAGGUUUAAUGAUCACAUCAUGAAGCAAGUGUUCCGACUCGAUUCGAGCAUCCUCGGUCAGCGCAAGAAGAACCAGAAGCGACGCGAUCUCAAGCUGCGGGCUCAGCAGCGUCGCCUCAGCGAAGGGGAUUCCGUGGAUUACGAGGAGACCCGUGGCACUGCCCUCAAGCAACAAGAGAAUUCAUCAAGGAAAAACAGCAAACCCAAGGGCGAGUCCUUGCUCCACGACAGCGGACUGGAUCUCACUGGAGCAGCAGGUGUCCAGAGCAACAUCAUCGAAUCGGAUGUCAAGAACGCUAUGAUGUUUGAAAUGGAUGAUGAGGAUGAUGUUAUGUAAACCAGAAAUAUAUUCAUAUUUUUUGAGUGUUUUAGAGGCAUGUUUCAAGAUUUUUAUCCUACACUUAUAUAUUAAAAAAUGCAAUGUUUUUUUUAAAUAUUUAUACUGUAAUUCGACUUGUAUCCAAGAUAAUUGUUCAAUUGGAAACAUAGAAGAAUUGUAUUUAGGCAACAAGAAUCAGGGGUAAAUCAGAAAUCAAAAUAUUCAUUACAUCAUGUACUAAUUGUUAUUAAAUUCGGUUACUCAAUGAAAUUGUUAAAACGGAAGAUGAAAUCCUACGCUGAACUGAAAAACCUAUUAUUAUGAUUAAAAAUAUUCAUGUUCAUUCAUAUUGCAAAACAUGUUUGCAAACUAUAAGUUUUAUGUAAACAUUCAUUUAUUGGCUGCAUGCUCAUCGCUCACAAAACAAUCACAACACAAUAAGUUUAAAUAAUAUUAAUAGUUAACAAUUCCUCUAGUAUUAAACAGGCAACAGAUUCACCCAAUAGCAAAAGUAGUGUCUAAGCUAUAUACAUGUUUAGAAUCACUGGCUCAAGCAAUGAAUGUAAUUUUAACUUUUGUAAGCGAGCAGAAAGUUAAAAUAUAUAUACAUCCCCUAUGAA